AUGAAGAUCCUUAUCACAGGAGCAGGUGGCUUCCUAGGACAAUUCCUCGCCCGUGAACUGCUCUCCAACCCAGAGCACAAAGUUGUCCUCACAGACAUCGUCGACGUGCCGGUCCCCAAGGGGGCCAAGAAUCCGCAAAACGCAACAUGCAUCAAGGCGGACCUGCUGAAAGACCGCAGUGUGGUCACACCAGAUCUGGACGCGGCUUAUAUCUUCCAUGGAAUCAUGUCGGCCGGCUCCGAAGCAAACUUCGAUUUGGGCAUGAGCGUCAACUUGGAAUCGACGAGAUUGCUCCUCGAAACAAUCCGAAAAGUUCGCCCAGGGCUAAGAGUCAUCUACUCUUCCAGCGGCGCCGUUUAUGGUCGGCCUCUACCCGACGUGAUAACGGAAGACGUCCUCCCCACACCUGAAGGCUCCUAUGGCGCCGCCAAGUUCAUGUGCGAGAUCCUGAUCAACGACAUGACCCGGCGGGGUUACAUCGAUGCAUUCAUCAUCCGAUUUCCCACUAUUACGGUUCGGCCAGGAAAGCCAGCGCCAGCCGCGUCGGCAUUUAUCUCAGGAAUCAUCCGCGAGCCCUUGGCGGGUAAAGAGUGUGUUUUGCCUGUCAAGGAUAGAGCGUUCCCUAGCCACGUGUGCUCACCAAAGACAUUGAUCCACAAUCUUGUCUACACUCUCACGCUUCCUUCGGACGCGUUGCCGAGCCACAAGCGCGUCGUCAAUGCCCCGGGACAUGUGGUCACGAUCCAAGACAUGCUCGACGCACUGGCCAAGGUCGGAGGCGAGGAUAAACUCAAGUACGUCAAAGAGGAACAUGAUGAGCCCAUUGCGAAGAUUCUGUAUACAUGGGCAGUCAAGUAUGACAAUUCGUUAGCAUACAAGUUGGGAAUGAAAAAGCCGGAUAGUUUCGAACAGUCGGUGCGGGAGUAUGUUGAGUAUAUGAAGGAGCAAGAACAGCUGGGAUAG